UUGGGGUCACACUGCACCCAACCGCCUUGCUUUUCUGCACGUGUGCGUGCGUAAAUAAUAUUUUUAUUAUUAUUUUAUAUCGAAAAUGACCCAGGCGGAGGUCGUGAAAUGUCUCCGGGAGGAGUACGAAAUCGCGCACAACAAGGAGCAGAAACCCAAGAAGGAGGACCUGCUCACGAUUACCAAAAAGUUCCAUCAGCGUGUCUUGGAACUACUGACCACUCACAAAGUGCCCUACUCCAAACAAGAAGAUGAGGAGACCUACGAAGAGUACCUGCUGUCGGACACGGAGGAAUCGGGCAACAAGAAAAAGAGAAACCAGGGAAAACUGAAAAAACAAGACUCAGACGACGAGGAUGUGGAGGCGCGCAUAGCCUCCAUCAAAAACAAGCUGCGUCAAAAGAAGGGUCCCACCACGGAGCGCCAGCAGAAACGGCGCGAGUCCAAAAAGUUGAAGCGCAGCAAGGGCGUCCAGAAACUGCUCCUCUCCUCGGCCAAAAACCUCAAGAACGAGAACGUCAAGCACCAGAAGCUGAAGAACGGCUUGGUGAAGGCCGAACAGGAGACAGAGGACAGCAAGGAACAUAUUCAGCCGGUCAAAGUGCAGCCGGUGUACAACCAGGAGGCCAAGAUCGUCUACUCCAAGGUGGACUUUGCCGCCAAUCCAGGAGGCAAAGCCAAGAAGUCACACCAAAACCCCAAGGAGAUUCUGAAGAAGUUGCGCGACACCAAAAAGCACCUAAGCGAGCUGCGCGAACAGGGCGAAACGGAUAAGGCGGCGGAGAUUCAGACGGACAUCGCCUGGCGCAACGCCUUCGACAAGGUCGAGGGCAAGAAGGUCAAGGACGACACCAAGCUCCUGCAAAAGGCCAUUAAAAAGCGGCGCGUGGAGAAGAAGAAGUCUAAGACCAAGUGGACGGAACGCAAACAGAAGGUGGAGCACGACAAGGAGAAGCGGCAGAAAAAGCGACAGGAGAACCUGGAUAAGCGCAGCAAGGACAAGAAGAACCGGAAACUAAAGACGGCCAGCAAGAAGGGUCGCAUCAUACCCGGCUAUUAACUAUGAUCUAGCCUUAAGUGUAAAGUAGUGUAAAUGUAUGCCACGUUGAAAUUCAACUCAGAAUGCUUUAGAAAAAAGAGUUAUCUUUCCGAAA